UCAUUUGUUUACUGGCAUGUGGCUUUAUCUGUACCUACUAUAUUGAAGGAGCGCGCUAUAUUCAGUUGUAUAUCCGAGCUUCAACCAUGCUUGGUGUGUUCCUCUCCUACAGCGAAGUGAAAAUUGUCGUCCCUUCGAUAUAUUAUUUACAAUGUGUGUUGGUUAUCUUGUCUACAUUGAUUUCAACUAAUGAUUAUCCUCGACAAGCUACGGUAGAAAAUGGCGCCACAUCCUACGACUUCAUCGUGGUGGGUGCCGGCAGUGCAGGCUGUGUUCUUGCCAACCGCCUCACCGAGACCAACUGGACAGUACUCCUUAUAGAAGCUGGCGAUGACCCGCCACCAAUAGCUGAGAGUCCGGGUUUGUCUGUAUUAACCCGUUAUGUAUAUCCAGACUGGAACUAUUAUACCGAAAACGAUGGGUUCGCGAGUCAAGCCCGAAAAAGCAAAACCGUUCACAUGUCCAGAGGGAAGAUGUUAGGGGGUUCCAGUUCUUCUAACUUCAUGUUUCACGUGAGAGGAAAUAGGCAGGAUUAUGACAGCUGGGCACAAAUGGGGAAUUCGGGAUGGAAUUGGGACAAUGUAACUGAUUACUUCAAAAAAAGUGAACGCUUCGAAGAUCAAGCUAUUCUAGAUGCUUCGCCUACAAUGCAUAAUGACAAUGGUUAUUUAGGAAUCACAAGACAAGAAGAAAACGAACACACGAAUGAAUUGAUAAAAAUUUUCAAAGAAAAUGGCCGUAACAUACUUCUCGAUGCUAAUGGCAGGGAACAGAUCGGUUAUUCUUUAGCUCAAUACACGAUUGCUGAUAAAACACGACAGAGUACUGCUGUAGCUUUUUUAAAAACUAUUAAACACCGCCCAAACUUGUUCGUUCUGAAAAAUACCUUGGCUAGAAGAGUUAUUUUUAAAAGUGGUCGAGCUGUUGGAGUAAAAGUUAGUUUACCAGAUGGUAAAGUUUUAAUCGUCAAAGCUAAUAAAGAAGUAAUAUUAUCAGCGGGAGCUAUAAAUAGUCCUCAAUUGCUGAUGCUGUCAGGAAUAGGACCAAAACAACAUUUAAAAGAAAUGCAAAUUGAAUUAGUAAAAGAUUUACCUGUUGGGCAAAAUCUCCAAGAUCAUGUAAUCACUCCUAUAGCACUGCCAGGGAAAAGAGAUAUAUUGUCAGUGCUUGAUAAUGUUAAAAUGUUUGGAAAUUUGGACAAGUUUCUUUUAGAUGCAGUUUUUGGUUUUGUAGCGUUGGAUAAAACACAGAAGUACCCUGAUUACCAAACUACUGUAGUACACCUUCCAAUGGGAAAUUUAGUGAGCACAUUGUUUUGCAACCAACUUCUUGACUUAGAAGACGACGUUUGUAUAAACAAAGCAAAUGUAAACAAGCAAGGUCAAGUAAUAUACGCCCUAGUUACAUUCCUACAUCCUAAGUCACGCGGAGAAAUUAAAUUACGAAGCAAUAAUCCUAAGGAUGCUCCAUUAAUUUAUACAAAAUACUUUUCAGUUGAAGAUGACAUUGAAGUAUUCUCGAAAUGUGUUGAAGAUUAUUUGACAGUAAUAAACACAAGUUACUUCAAAAGUAUUGGAGCUGAGGUUCCUGAUAUAGGAAUAGAACAAUGUAAAGAUUAUCGUUUCGGUAGUCAUGAUUACUGGCGUUGCUAUGUUGUGAAAACGGCUGGAACGAUGUAUCAUCCUGUAGGAACGUGUGCCAUGGGGCCGGAUGGAGUAGUAGACGAGACGCUGACAGUUCGGGGAAUAAAGGGCUUGAGAGUUGUAGAUGCAAGUGUAAUGCCUACAAUCACCAGCGGCAAUACCAACAGUCCCGUCAUAAUGAUAGCUGAAAAGGCAGCAGAUAUGAUUAAGAUGGAAUAUGACAUGAUAAGUUGAUCGUUGCUUAAGAAGGUAAGCGGUUAAGAGCAAUGACAAGCAUGUAAACUUAAGACCUCGUUCGGGGAGACGUAUGUCAGGUGUCAGGCAGUGCGGUGCGCAAAGCGACUCAUGUUGAGACACUGAUUGUCGUUAUCUGUCACGCAGACAAACACAACGAUAUCAUAAUCCAUGAAAUUAGUAAGUAUUGCAGUACUUCCGAAUUCCAUGUCAUAAUCAUAAUCUCCUUCCUAACAUAUCCGUCAACGGUGAAUCAUGACAUGGGAUCGAAUAUAGCUUGCGAAAUCAAAAUUGGUAUUCAAUUGGCUGGUUUUUUUCCUAAUGUCGCCCUGACGGCCCACGUGUCCCCGAACGAGAUCUAAGGAGUAUUUGCAAAUUUAAAUUUUGUGAGUAUUUAUUUAAAAUCAUAUUAUUUAUGAAUUCUUGCAACCAUUUAAUUGUGUAAUAAAACUAUUUAAAUAAAAA